AUGAUGGGACGACCCAUAGGCUUGCGAGACGAAGCUUGUGAGCUGCGGUUACCGCAGGAUCUGGACGAUCAUGCGCUUGUCGGUGUACAAGAUUUGGACGGCUACACCACCGGAAACAUGGCUUUGUCCAUUCAUCUAUUCAAGCUGUCCAAAAUCAACUCCGAGAUCAAAUACGUUGCAAACAGUAUCGUACGCGAAGCGCCUUCGUAUGCUUAUCCGCCAAUCUCCGACAUACAUGCAUGGCAGCGAAGCACGCUUGCACAGCUGGAUCAAUGGGCUUCGACGAUCCCGCAAACUCAACCUCGCCAUGCUUAUGUUCGCACAUUAUGCGAACUUCGUUACUAUUCUAUGAGGAUUCUUCUUCUACGACCUAGUCCUGCUAUUCCGAAGCCUUCCAUUGAAUCGUUGACGGAGUGCUACGGUCUUUCAUGGCGGGCAAUUCAUGUUUAUGACAAGCUCUACCGUCAGGACAUGCUUGUGCAUGACUGGCUAGUCUUGCACGGCAUCAUAUUCAGUACCAUCACUGCUCUAUACUGCAUAAGGGCCGUCCCAGAGCUCGCCCGAAAGACAGAGCUCGAUGAACUGAUGAACAAUCUCAGUUUGAGUCUCAGUCUUGUUAGCGUCGCAGGUGAGCACUGGUCUGGAGCGAAACGAAGUCGUCAGAUUCUUGAUGAUAUGGGGAGGUCUACUAUAAAGUGGAUGAAGGCUCUAAGAGCGACGACUAACCCUGAGCUCGAUCACCGUAUCGCUAGAUAUGAAGGACCCCAUCUUCCAAUGACCUCAAGUAUUCCGGAAUCAACGUCGCCAAUGGGCACAAAUGCGGGUGGCAUGUUCGCUGGACUCAACUCGGCCAACGCAUUUUCAGCCGCAACGCCAUCAAGCCUGAGUUUGGAAGAUAGGUUUUGGGCGGACCCACCUCAGCUGUUUGAUUUCGGCGACAUCACGAAUGUGGAUGAUAUUAUGCACAGCUUGUUCGAAGAGUUCGUUCCGCAGACGAAUAAUGUACAAGACUGA